UCUACUCUUUUACUUUCCUCUCCACACAGUGCGGACAGAGAGAUCUCACCGCUGUCAGAAGAGGCGCGCACUUGCACUCUUCUUUGAGUUUUUCAUUCAGCGAACCAAACCCGUUGUGUAGUCAUCUUUUUUUCUUGUAACAUUGCUGAUAUCUUAUGAUAAAGCGCAUCACAGGGCAUCUGCGCUCUCCAGCGCGCGACCAGCACAGACGCUGAUUUUCUGACACCCUGCUGCGGUCCUGCGCGCUCCCGCGUCUCCCUGGAGCUGUGAGAUUUUAGGAAGCACUGCAGCACUACGAACUGCUAAACUGUUUGAAGUAGAGAGUGUCCUCUUGUCCCGCGCGCCAAUGGAAGGGGACGUUAUGGAUAAACUGGAGGACAUGGCCUCAGUGAGCGAGUUCGACCCUAUCACGGGGGAUAUUCCCGCCACCAAAGUGGAGAUCACAGUCUCGUGCAGAAACCUGUUAGAUCGAGACACGUUCUCCAAGUCUGAUCCUUUGUGUGUUCUGUACACUCAGGGAGUGGAGUCUAAGCAGUGGCGUGAGUUUGGGAGAACUGAAGUCAUUGACAACACCCUGAACCCAGACUUUGUGAGAAAGUACAUCCUGGACUAUUUCUUUGAGGAGAAACAGAAUCUUCGCUUUGACAUAUAUGACAUUGACUCCAAAAGUCCUGAUCUGGCCAAACACCCCUCCGAUUUCAACGACUUCCUAGGUCAGACCUUCUGCACUCUGGGUGAGAUAGUGGGUUCACCAGGCAGUCAUCUGGAAAAGCCUCUGGGUGGCAUCCCUGGGAAGAACUGCGGUACCAUUAUCCUUACUGCAGAGGAACUUGGAAACUGUCGGGACUGUGCAACAAUGCAGUUCUGUGCCAAUAAGCUGGAUAAGAAAGACUUCUUUGGCCGCUCUGAUCCGUUCAUGAUGUUCUACAGAAGUAAUGAGGACGGAACGUUCACUAUUUGCCAUAAAACUGAAGUGGUAAAGAGUACACUGAACCCUGUCUGGCAGGCGUUCACCAUCCCUGUCAGAGCGCUUUGCAAUGGAGAUUAUGACAGGUCAAUUAAAGUGGAGGUGUACGACUGGGACAGAGAUGGCAGUCAUGAUUUUAUCGGGGAGUUCACCACCAGCUACAGAGAGCUCUCUCGCGGUCAGAGUCAGUUCAACGUGUAUGAGGUGGUGAAUUCUAAAAAGAAACUCAAAAAGAGAAGAUACAUCAACUCUGGCACAGUGACAAUGCUUUCAUUCUCGGUGGAGGCCGAACACACGUUCCUGGACUACAUCAAAGCAGGCACUCAGAUCCAUUUCACAGUGGCCAUUGAUUUCACUGCCUCCAAUGGGAACCCUUCACAGUCAACCUCCCUGCACUACAUGAACCCCUAUCAGAUGAACGCGUACGCCAUGGCGUUGAAGGCCGUGGGCGAGAUCAUUCAAGACUAUGACAGCGAUAAGAUGUUUCCUGCAUUGGGCUUUGGAGCCAAACUUCCUCCUGAUGGCCGGGUUUCCCAUGAAUUUCCCCUGAAUGGUAAUGUAGAUAACCCAUACUGUAACGGGAUGGAGGGCAUCCUGGAGGCUUACCACCAGAGUCUGAAGACUGUCCAGCUUUACGGCCCCACCAAUUUUGCUCCUGUUAUCAACCAUGUAGCAAGGUAUGGCGCAGCAGUUCAAGAUGGCUCGCAGUACUUUGUGCUUCUCAUCAUCACAGACGGUGUGAUAUCAGAUAUGGCUCAGACUAAAGAGGCCAUCGUCAAUGCGGCAAAACUACCUAUGUCCAUCAUUAUUGUUGGAGUCGGCCAGGCUGAGUUUGAUGCCAUGGUAGAACUGGAUGGCGACGAUGUAAGAAUAUCCUCCAGAGGAAAGCUGGCGGAGAGAGAUAUUGUACAGUUCGUACCAUUCAGAGACUAUAUGGACCGGACGGGAAACCAUGUCUUGAGUAUGGCCCGACUUGCCAAGGAUGUCCUGGCUGAGAUUCCAGAGCAGUUAAUCUUAUAUAUGAAGUCAAGGGGCAUCAAGCCCAACCAGCCGCCACCAGACUACAGCCCACCUGGACUCAGCCCAACCCCCACCAUAUGAGUUUACCCAGCAUGCUGAAAGAAAACAGCCAUGCUUGUUAUGUCACCUCCAAUUUGGAUCUCAUUCAAAGCCAAUACGACUGAAUCAGUAUUGGGCGUCUAGAAGAGCGGAUGGCUUCAAUUCUUCAUUUUUGGAUCCCAUACACUGGAGAAAUUGAAAACUAAAUCUGUAUUCUGGCCUUUGAACAGAAAAGGAUGGUUCUGACUGGUCUGUGAGUUUGUUUCCCCCAUAAUUUAUUCACGAAUUAGUCAAUGCUAUGAACAGAUUAAUAGUUUGGAUCUGACUGUGCUGGAUAUAUGGAGAAGAUCUGCGCAAGCAAUACUAUUUUUUAUUUAUUUAACAUCUGAAAAUCUACAAAAACGCUUGUGCGUCAGCAUGCGAG